GGCGGGAUCAGUUUAUCGGAGGCUCUCAAGAAAUUUGGCGGAUCAGGACGCCGUUACGUAAGCAUCAACGGGAUGCCUUUUUCUUUUUCGGGGAAAUCUGAGCAUUUGUCUCUCUCCAGUUGUCUCGUCGCGCAUUUCGCAAGAAUGCUCGUCAAUUGAAACGGUUUUGGAACAAUAUUCUCUAGAGGUUCAUGAUGACUCUGGAGGGAUUCCAUGGUUUUGUCCCCAGUUUAUCUCCUGUUUUGUUACCCGUCGUUCCUUGAGCCCUUGAGCUUAUCCGCUCUUCACCCGGCGGAAUGAAGCUUUCAUACUCUCGGCCUGCGGUUUCUAUGAACCGGAUUGUGAGACAAUUUAAAGGGUUCCAAUGUGGCUCUACUACUUAUCUGCCUCUCCGAGCACAACAAUGGCACUCCAGGAGAACAAUCAGCAGCGCUGAAGCGACAUCUCCAAGUACAAGGCCUCAACCCAGCAAGGAAAUUGACACUCCUGAUACCGGGAAUCACACACUCUCUCUAUCAGACCAAGUCCGCCUGUUGAUGAGACGAGUGCCCUACCCCGUUGCCAUUAUCACAGCCACAGACCCCCAUGAGCCUCUCGACAAAGCCUUCCGCGGAAUGACCGUUUCAUCAUUCAAUACUGUGACACUGAACCCGGAUCCGGCUAUCUCUUUCAAUGUACGACGACCAUCCGAGACCCUGACCGCGCUCCAGUCAUCCAAACGAUUCCUUGUCCACCUAUUAGCCCCCAGUCAGACGACAGCAGCCCUUGCUCGGGACUUUUCCAAAGGCAACCAUAACCUGUCCAUCGCAAGUGGGAAAGGCGAUUUCGAAUUCGUACCGCAUACCUCUGCAUCUGGGGAGGCUCCCCCCAGACCGCUCCCGCUGCUCCGGAGGAAGGAAGCCGCGGAUGCACCGGAGGGGGAUUCCCUCUCAGAUAUUCCUUUCGUGUUUGAAUGCCAACUUCAUCCGAAAGAGAUUGAAGUUAACGACCAUACUAUUGUGGUUGGGACCGUUGUAAGGGUCCUCUCAGAGCAUCUGACGAGUCCAGAGGCGAUUGCUAAUGCGCACUCCGUCACCGAUCUAUGUUUAACAUAUGCCAACACCCGGUUUUGGGAAAUGGGUCAUGAGAUUUAGACUUGCAGCUGGGCGUAGCUAUUUCUGAGUUUCAGGGCGAGAUGCUUUCUGCGUCCAAGGUCAUAUGUUUGGGUUCUAGAUGAAUUCGGGUCCCAUGCUCCGUACGUUUGGGGGGUUUAUAUGUCAUGGGCGACAUUAGAACCUUCAGAAAUAACGCUUGUUCGAGCACCUAUGUAUAUAAUAUUUUCCUCUCAUGGCAAUUCUGUAUAUUAUCUUGAUACAAG